UGUUCGGGGCAAAGGGGUGAAGCGUGCGCGGGGUGGGCGGGGCCAACCGGGAGCAGCAACAGGUCUAGCUGCAGACAUGGAAGGAUCGAUACGGAAGCUGGGACCUGCGCACUUCUCAGUAUAAACAUCAUGCGCUCUCUUCUCGUGCUCUCGCUGUCAUUCCUCGUAUCAGAAAGUGAGAGCGAUCUCCUCCGGGACAGUGUACACGUGACGUCUGCCGCAGCCAGGCCGAACAAUGAGCUGUGGUGUUACAAAUGUCAGGCAGAAACGCCUGAUGAUGACUGCGCCAGUCUCAAACCUAACAGCUCUACACUUAUCCACAAGUGUCAUAAUGACAGGAGAGUUUGCAUGGUGAAACGUUUCUCCUACACGACAUCGACAGAGAAUUCAACAACCGCACUUAAAAUGUGGGCUCUCGAGCGGAACUGCACGAAGAACUGCAUGCCGGGUUGCAUUGUCAUCGGAGAAAGAACGAAACUCUACGCCUGCACAUCAUGUUGCACUGAAUCAUUGUGCAACGUAGGUUCAGACGCUACUCAUCUGAUCUCACAUUUCUUAGGACCCUGCCUUACUAUCUUCUUAGCUAUGUUAUGAUCGCAUGAUUAAAUUCUGAUUGUAAACCGUUAUCGUUUACAUCGUUACCUUUCAAUUGAUACCUGAAAACAAAUUUAGUAAUUAAUAAUACUGAAUUGUAUAAUCUUCAGUGCAAAUGUUCUAUUGAGUAAAGGUAACUAUGUAAAAAGUAAGGUGCUUGAAUAAAAAUCAUUCAUUAAAGUUAGAGUUGCCACAAUUUAAAAAGACGGUUGUUAAAAUAUUUUAUAGGGCACACGGGAAUCUUAAUUUACUUACCCUUAGAUUUUGUGGUUAUAAAUUGAUAUUAUCAAUUGUAGUGAGUCAUUUUGUCGACAUAAUGACCGAAAAGCACAAUUGAUUCUUAAUCUCGUUAUAAUAGGUUUCACAUUGUCACUUUCGUUGUAAUUACGAAGUUUUACUUACUAAUGAAUAAUGUGACCAAUAUCUAACUGCUUUUAGCGUUACAUAUUCUAAUAAAUAAUACACAAACAUUAUGCACUUUCACCUACUCAGUCAUUACUAUGUAACUGAUAUUGCUUGUACUAACACACAAUAUCUGUAUAGUGUUCAUGUUCAGCUUAUCUAACAUAGAUAGAGUAAAAAAUAAUUGCAGGCACGUAUUAAAUAUUACCACACUUACCUACCCAACGACUAUUCUAAGUCAAAUGGCACGAUUUAUACAGAAUAAAUAUGUUUUUCAAGGUAACGUACACGUCGCUAUGUGUUUAGUGGUGUGUAGUAAGAAGACGUAACUAAAUAUCAGAAAGUAGUAGUCAUCAUAAAAUUUUCUUCGAAACUUCUAAGGGAGAUGCCACACGGGCGUCGCGUCGGCAUUACGUCGUCGCAACUGCGUACAUAUACUUAUAUAAAUCAGAAUGACAUGCUACACGGUGCGUUGACACAGUGCGUGCGGACUGAGUGCCGCACGAGCUGUUCCGUCGAAAUCAACGCAGUUGCGACGACGCAACGCCCGAGUGGUAUCUCCCUAAGAUUUUAUUUUUUUGCGCCGCAGGGCCUAGGCACUACGCUACAGUGUGUAUAGACAUCAAAAUCGUGCCCCACAAACAGUUUUACCUGCUUCUAGUUCUAAAACCUUGAUAAAUGCAUAGAGUAACAUUUUAACAAUAUAACUACAUAGGGAUCAUUAUGUAACUCAAACUAUAUAACUAAUCACGAAUGUAAAAUUUAAUUUAAACCUUAUUCCCUUUGAUUUAAGAAGGUACCUAUUGUUUAAUUAUACCUUAGCUAUUAGAAAUUCUUGUAAAUUUGACUUAGCAUUAAGUAAUAUUAUUACAAAUUAUGCCUUUUACUACCUGACACACCUUUUAUUAAGAUUUCUUACCUUACUAUUUUG